UGAUAAGUAUUCAUUCGUGUAUUUUGAAAUGAUACCUAUACUUUGAUUUUAUUUCCUUGGAUAUUAUUGUCGGCGAUACAAUGUGUGAUGCAAUUUCGACGAAACGUGAUAGUGUGGCUGAAUUACUCACACAACUAAAAAGAGGGAAUACAAUUACGGAUAAUGAAUUGAAGGACGCAGUUGCUUAUCACCAGUCCUUUGUUAUGGAGCUUCAAUCAUACAAAGAUAUCGCCGACUUUAACCAUGCAACACCAAAAGCGGAUUGCAGACAGAAAGACAUACAACAUGAAUUAGAUGAUCUAAAAAAGGAGCAUCAGAUUUUGGGUCAAGAAUUGAAAUAUUAUCGUGACCAAGCAAAGCAUGCGGAACAGACAAAUGCCGAAUCUCUAGGAAACCAAAGACAUUUGACCAAAGGUAAAGAAGAUCAUGAGAAUGUUAAAAGAAUGUCCGAACAUCUGACAGCUAAAUUGAGAGAGUCCGAAACAGAGAUUAAAAAAUGUAAGUGUGCGUUGAAUAAGCUUCAAGCAGAAAAUGAUGAGGCAAAAAAUGAGAUCAAAAGACUUACAUUAGAACGCAAUAAAGCAGUAAAUGAGCCAGAAAAAGGUGAAGUAUUGACAGAGCUUGAAGCCAGCAAGAACGCGUGUAGAAAACUCCAGGAUGAGCUACAUCAGCUAAAACUGGAUCAUAGUAAGAGUCAAGAUAAAGGACAGUCGAAAGCACUGGAAAAACUACGACAACAAAACGAUCAACUUAACGAAGAUAAUAAGAAGCUUAUGGGACAAAUGCAUGAAUUAAGAAACAGGCUAAGCGUGAUAGCUGGACACAAACUUACAGACGGGAAUCCUGGGAUAGCAGAUCUAAGUGAUGCAUUUAGACCAACAAAGAUUGCCGAACAUUUUAGACAACUUUACGAUAACGAAUGGACACGAGCUUUUGAGGAACAUGAAGUAAAGUUCAAACAUGAAGAAGAAAUAAUAGACUUCUUGGCUGGUAUACUCAAGGAUAUAGAUCGGUUUUGCGCCAGAGCCGGGUCGCAGCAAUUAGAAAACCUUAAGUUUUCUGCGAAAAGUAUUAUUCGAGAUCCUGAGUAUCAGCCGGAUGCAAUAGGAGAAAGAAAGGAUAAGAUUUUGAAAUGUACCAAUUCAGCUUGCAUGACCAGUGCCCAAGAAGAACUUGCAGACAAACUACUCAAAGACUUUAGAAAGUCUCUUGGAAUGAUAUCAAAGGCACCGCUUUUGAUGAUUUUUCGCCAAGUUUCUCCACUGAUCAAAGACAAAAUAGGGUCUACAGCUUCUGAUGGGUUAUAUGAUUUCUUAGAGAAAGCUUUUGAACUUAUCUGGGUCAUGAAAAUGCAAGAUCCACCAAUGGAGUUUGUUUGGAGUAAACCUGGUGACAACUUUGAUAAGAAUAUGUACACACAUUAUACUAGACGAGGAAGCAAGGUUUCUCAAUGCAUUUGGCCAGCAGUUGUCCUCCAUAAAGCUGGGCCAUUAAUGUCAAAAGGUGUUGUGCAAGGAAAUUAAGACUAUCGAAUUGAUUCUUGUAGAAAC